GCAGAGAGCAGGGGGAACCACAUCCUGUCACUCUGGUCCCGCCCAUGAGGCCAUGGGGCUGCAGACCAGAGGCCAGGGUCCUGGGUACAGCUGAUGCCCUGGACGUCCAUUCACCCACAGGACCCCGCAUCCUGUCUGUGGAUGGGACCAGCCGGCCCUGCUCUGCUGGUGCAGGGGUGGCCGGGCUCUCCGGGCCCCCACCUCCCAGGACUGGGCCUUGAAGGAAGUGGGCUCUCCCGCCCUCUCCAAGGGCAGACGCCUCGUUGCAGGAACCUUCCCACUGAACGUGCACUGGUGUUGAAGUGCUGGCGGACUGUUAGCACAGGGCAGCUCCCGGCUCGGGCAGCCCCAAGACCCGGGGCGCAGCUCCAACCCGCCACAUGGGUGUGAGGGGACCCACGCUCAGGUGUCCUCGGAAGACGAUGAACGCAUUUGCCUGUUGAAGCGGGAAGCCGCCUGAGCAGAACCUGGUGGGCCAGACUGGCAGGGCUGCAUUUCCUUCCUUGUCCACACUGACCUGGGCUCUGGCUGCUUGGGUAGGAGCCCCAGGUGCCACUGGCCUUUCCAGCCCAGUGGCCUCCACGCUGGUCAUUCCAACAGCUCACGAGGAGGUCCGAGCGGCGAGUCGCUGUCGAGCUUGAGCCAUCUGGAUGACAACAUGGCCACCACAUUCGAUGAGAUCCUGGUCCAGGAGAUUUUGGAUCCAAAUAGAUCGUCGUGGGGUGACACACUGAGUCCUCUAGCAAGAUUUACACCAAAGAGGACGAAGGAAAAAAAAGUCCAUUUUAAAACUAAUUUUCACAACACUGCUUCUGGAAAAAAAGAAGAGCAACUCUCCUCUGGGAGCACAGACCGACUUUCCUUUGACGGAAGAGGUCUGCUAGGACACUGUGACAGGCACCCCUGGGCAAACACCUGGGCAAGACACCCUCCACCGUCCAGCCAGCACGGUGGGCCAGAACCUCGGGCUGGUGGAGGCCCUGCCACGUGCUUCACAGUCAGAGCUUUAACUCAUAUGUCAGCCACCAUAAGGCCCAGCCAGGUCCUGGGAGGAGCCCUUCCGUCAGGUCCUGGAUGGAGCCUUCUGUCAAGGAAGGCCGAUGCAGCUGUGGAGCCACAGGAAACCGCUGGAGUGGAGGUCAAAGUGCCCGGUGCCCAGGGGUCCCCAUGGUCUCACCAGACUGGGAACCCCCUCUGUCUAGGGACAGAGGUCCCGCACUCCACCCCCUGUCCAGGCAGGUGCAGUCCUGGCGCUCUGGUGCUGAGGGUGGAGUCGGUCCUUCCUGAAGUGCCCACAGACCUCACGUCUCCUCCCCGGGAAACCCAGGCUCCAGCAGUCCACGCAGCCCUGCUCCCACAGCAGAGCGAUCCGGGUUCUCAUCCUCAUGGCUUAGGACUAAGCUGAGCUCUACCCUGACGUCCCUGAGUUCAUGGGAGGAGACUUCACACAGUCCUUGGGAGCCAGGCCUCGGAAUCAUGCAGUAAGGAGGGCGAUGGGCUCUUGGACUGCGUCUGGACGCGCUCCUGGCCCUCACUGCAGGGGGCGCCGUGGAGACUCCCGUGCUGCAUUUCCCGCUGGAGCCGUCACCACACCACGGGGAGCAUGUGGGGCUUGCGGUGUCGCCUCCUUUGCUUCGCGUUUGUCUGUUUGGGGCCUAACUUUAUAUUUCGCUUUGUUUGUUCUUGUUGGCGGGCACAUGCACUCACCUAAGAGAGGUGGGGGCUGGGUGUGCGUGUUAAAAAGCACCCGGUGGGGUAUGACCCAACCACAAUCCUUUCUCCAUUCUCUCAGGAUUUGGGCAUGCACGCACAUGUGUCAGUGUGUUUUUCACGCUACCGGGUCCAGGACUCAAACCUCAAAGUCAGCAUGUGGGAUCUAGCCACCUUGACCUAACAGGCUAAGGACUGGCCCUGUAUUUGGCUUCUUAAUGGGCCUGUCAUAUUCUUUUUUUUUUUUUUUUAAGAGAG